UACCAUCUUUAAGUUGUAUGCAAUUACUUGUACAUUGACUUUGAAAACAAUUCAUCCUUCUUUAUUUAUUUAUAUUUAUUCGCUUUGUUUGUAACCAUUUCAAUGCAGUAAUGACAGGACAAGGUACAGAGCGUCCUGAUAAAGGAAAAGGGGUAGCAAGGCCUACAAAGAGGAAACGGCAGGCACCAAAGUAUGUACUUAGGGUGCCUGCUAGACUACCUACCCCUGCUCCCGGUAGUUCAUCAUCUGUGGGGCCUCCUCCUACCCCUAGUAUACAGACUCCUACACCAGCAGUAGACCCUACUCCUCCUCCUCGUGCAGUACACCCUUCUACUACCACUGCAGUAGACCCUUCUCCUCCUCCUGCAGCACACCCUUCUACAACCCCUGCAGCAGACCCUCUUCCUCCUCCUCUUAUUGCCGCCCCCACUCCUCCCCCUAUUGUUAUUACCCCCACUCCUCUCCCUGACCCUACUUCUAUACCUUCCUCAUCUUCUGUACCUCCUUCUGAGACUGUCACACCACUUGGUGAUCCAGAUUCAAGUGGUGAUGCUGAAGAUCUUGACCCGCCCCUCCAUGAUCGACCAUGGAUUGAGCCCUAUGGUAAAGGGUUUAUUCCAUCUAGGGUUGCUUCCCAGGCCAUCACACGUUCAAUAAAGCAACAGUUUUUAACUCCAUGGCCUACUUGGGGAGCAAUACCUCAUGACGACAGAAAGCCAUUCUGGGAGCGCUUUCAGGUGAGCAAUCUAUUACACUAAUGUCCGUCUUAUUUUAGUAUGUUCUGUAAUCAAUGUUUGUUCUCUUUAAUGUUACAGAUGAAGGUGCAGUGGAAACCUGAACAUGAAACUCAGAUACACAGAAAUUUCCACAUGAAAGCAUCUCAUCGGCUGUCAGAGAUGUUUAGGGAUGCCCGCAAUGCAGGACAGCGCCCUAACUGGCUGGGUGAGCACAUUUGGAACUCUUUACUGGCCCAUUGGAAUACAGUAGAGUUCCGCAAUAAGUGUGCCAAAGCCCAGCGGAACAGAGCGUCUGAAAGGGGUGGCACCCUGCAUACUGGUGGGUCGAUCACCAUUCAUGAGCAUGCCAUUCGUAUGGCACAGGCUCUAGGACGGGCGGUCCAUGUUGAUGAGGUCUUUGCACAGACUCA